AUGGUGGCCCCAUUGGUGCCGACACGACGCGCAGCAGUUGUCUGGGGGCUGGCGACGUCAGUGUCGUUGCUGCUGAUGUACAGGUGGUACCAGGAGGAGUCGUCCCUGCUCGAUACUGUCAUUGGGCAGGCAACAGGCACAGACAGCAGCAGAACCGGACCAGCUGCAGUCUGCCUGGAGGGUGUAGUGACAGUGCAACCUGGUGGCAGACUGGGGAACCUCGUGCUAGAGUACGCUUCUGCAGCUGCAGUGGCGCGGCGCCACCAUCUGCAACUAGCUGUCCCAUCCAACAUUUCCAAGUUGCUGGCUGCAGUCUUUGACAACCUCACUGCAGACCCUUUGUCCGUGCUUCUGCAGCAUCCUCCGUGCCGGGGACAGAAUCUUACUGAGAACGAAGUGCUGAACGACGAUCAGAGACAGCCUCCACAUCCACUCAGUGUAGAGGAAACGGUGUGCACAGUCGGGGUUCACGUACGCAGAACGGACUACGGGCGGUACAUGAGGAAGCGGUUCCACCUGCAGCAGGAGGCCGGCCCCGCCUACUACGAGGCCGCAGCUGCAGCCAUGUUGGCAGACCUGCACAGCGAGUGCGCGGCUGUCGCCUUCGCAGUUACCAGCGAUGACAGCAAGUGGUGCCAACAGCAUCUGCUGCCUGCCCUCACCAGAAAGGCCUCAGCAGAUGCGGCCGCCAGCGUGGGGUUCUUGAUGUCAUCGAAGAAGCCUGCGGACGACCUGUGCCUUCUGUCCUCGUGCCAGCACCUCAUCAUGGCCUACGGCACCUUCGGGCUGACCGCAGCCAUCCUGUCCGGCGGCCGCACCAUCAUGUACGACACAGCCCAUCACGGCGCUCACCCGCUGCCUGCCGCUCAGAUGAUGACAUCACUGGUCCCUCACUGGCGCCUCAUUCCAUAG